CGUAAACAACAGUUCUCGGACUACAUAUCCCAGGAUACAUCGCAGUCCCACAAUUCGAAAAACAUUCAUGGAUCCUACAGUAUGACAAAACUCCACGUGCGUCCUUUGUUUUUAGUAAGCAGAACAGGUUUGCACGAACGCUAUGAGAUCAAGCGGCUCAGCUGUUUUCACAAGACAGAAUCCAUUUCCUCCGGAUCCCCCUUUGUCCAGGAGCCACUACAGUCCAUCUAAAUCCAGAAAAAUCCCAAAGCAACAAAAAAGACUGGUCUUGAGUCCUGUCCGGUUUUCUGAGUCACCCAGUCCUUCAGAUCUACCUACUCGGGUGUCACCUUUGAGGACGGAGGACCAGGUCUUCCAUGAAAGAUCACGUAGUGUCCUGCACUGUCCUCCUUCUACUCAGUGCCAGCUGAGCUACUCCGAGUCUUGGCCUUCUACUGACCUGAGUUGCUCUACAGACAACGUUAACACUUCUGUCUGCUCUGAAGCUCAGCUACAAGCCAUGAGAAACAUGGUUGCACCAAGAAUAAUUGAGGCAAAGGAACCCUCAGUUCUGGCAAAGUACAUUGAACGCUUCCGUUUCGGAAAGCCACAGAGUCGAGACGAAAGAUGCCUUCAGGCAACUGAUGCAGAAGAUGACCAGCCGUUUUGGUGGAUGUCCACAUCCCCUCCAUCCAGUUCAACACCAACACACCCAUCAGAGAAAUAUAUCAGAGCACCACUUGACCUCAUGAAGGAUGGCCCCGCCAGCACCCAGAGCCCAAUCUCAAAGCCACUGCAUGAUGAAACCACGCUGUCUCCAGCUAGACACAUGCUUGACCUUAGUAUGCUGGUGAGUUUUGCAUGA